UGUGCGACCCAGUUAGAGAGAUACGACCGCCGUCUCUCUCUCUCUCUCCGCCGUGUUAGCUGGGUGGACGGUGCGGGAGAGAAAAGACAAGAUCUCUCCCCCGGUUCCUGGACAACAACUCUGCGAGCCUUCCUGCUGACGAAGAGGAAAACCUCCGAGAAGAGAGAGGGAGAGGGGGAGAGGAGAGAGAGAGAGAGAGAAAACACUUCAGCUGAGAAGAUGUGUCAUUCAGAGGACGAAGUAUGGUCGCCAAAGCCUUUUUAAUCAGCUAGCUAGACGUUGUUUUGAUUUACUCCUAGCUUAGCUAGCCUGUCGCUUUUCCCCCCCCAUCAAACGUUUUUUGAGCGCAUCACAACUUUCAUGUAGCUAAAACUGUCCUGUUUCGCGUUUGGUGUCUUGGGGAAUUUAAACCGGGAUCAUGUGGACACCGACGGAGGACGAAAAGCUCGGAGUCGUGAUAUGCAGCUUCCGGGGCUCAGUGUCUCAUGGCUUGACUCUAGAGAUUGGAGAGACUGUUCAGAUCCUGGAAAAGUGUGAGGGAUGGUUCCGAGGGUUCUCCACCAAAAAACCUACUGUCAAGGGGAUCUUCCCAGCCAAUUAUGUUUACCUGAGGAAGGCUGUGGUCACCAACAGAGGGCAAUACGAGACAGCGCUGCCCCUUGAAGACCCUGUCAUAACUGAGGUCACCUCCACCCUGCAGGAAUGGGCUGUGCUGUGGAAACAGCUGUAUGUGAAGCAUAAAGUGGACCUCUUCUAUAAGCUGCGCCACGUGAUGAAUGAGCUGAUCGACCUGAGGCGGCAGAUGCUUUCUGGUCACCUGACCCAAGAUCAAAUCCGUGAAGUCAAACGCCACAUUACUGUACGCCUUGACUGGGGCAAUGAACACUUAGGCCUGGAUCUUGUACCAAGGAAAGACUUUGAAAUGGUAGACGCAGACCAGAUUAGCGUUUCAGACCUCUACAAAAUGCAUCUGUCCAGCAGACACAGCGUCCAGCAAAGCACAACCCAGGGGGACAGCGUGCGGCAGCGUCAUGGCGAUGCCUGUCGGAUACCUGUACCACACCAUCUCUUUGUCAAUCUCAAGAGCUUCACCUAUAACACCAUUGGCGAAGACACAGACAUCUUCUUUUCCCUUUACGACCUUAGGGAGGGCAAGCAUAUAAGUGAGAAGUUCAUGGUGAGGCUCAACAAAAAUGGAGGCCCAAAGAACCCAGAGAAAGUUGACCGACUCUGCGCGUUGUUUACGGACCUAAGCAAUAAGGACAUGAAGAGAGACCUGUACAUUGUUGCUCAAGUGAUCAGGACUGGGAGGAUGCUUCUGAAUGACUCGAAGAAGGGCCCUCCUCAUGUACAUUACAGACGGCCCUACGGCUGCGCCGUGUUGGCCAUGAGCGACGUGCUGCAAACCAUUUCUGAACUCAAGGAGGAGAAAGACUUUGUACUGAAAGUUUACACAUGUAACAACGAGAAUGAGUGGUACCAGAUUCAUGAAAAUAUCAUCCGCAAGUCCAGCACCAAAUACACUGCUCCCAGCACUAACUAUGGUCUGAUCAUCUCCCUGCAGCUGCUCAGAGGAGAGAUGGAACAGGUCCGCCGGGAGAACCCCAUGAUCUUCAAUCGCUGCGUCGCCGUCACCCGCAAACUGGGCUUCCCUGAUGUCAUCAUGCCAGGUGACAUUCGUAAUGACCUGUACCUCACCUUGGAGAGAGGGGACUUUGAGAGAGGAGGGAAGAGUGUUCAGAAGAAUAUUGAGGUCACCGUGUAUGUGCUCUAUGCCGACGGAGAAAUUCUCAAAGACUGCAUUAGCCUGGGGUCAGGGGAGCCUAAUAUCAGCGAGCAUCGUUCUUUUGUCCUCUACCACAAUAACAGCCCUCGCUGGAGUGAAGUGAUCAAGCUGCCCAUUCCUAUCGACCGAUUCCGAGGCUCUCACCUGCGCUUUGAAUUCAGACACUGUUCCACAAAAGACAAAGGGGAAAAGAAGCUUUUUGGCUUUGCCUUCACUCCGCUCAUGAGGGAAGAUGGAACAACACUAUCUGAUGAGAGUCACGAACUCUAUGUGUACAAGUGUGAUGAAAACACCACCUUCAGUAACCAUGCAUUGUACUUGGGACUGCCUUGCUGUAAAGACGACUUCAAUGGCUGCCCCAACAUCCCUUCCAGCCUCAUCUUUCAGCGCAGUACCAAGGAAACCCUGUGGAUCUCCACUCAGCUUUCCUCUACCAAGCUUACUCAGAAUGUGGAUUUGCUGGCGCUGCUGAAGUGGAAGGCUCAUCCUGAUCGUGUUAUGGACAUACUAGGUCGAUUACGCCAUGUUAGUGGAGAGGAAAUAGUUAAAUUUCUUCAGGACAUUCUAGACACACUUUUCUCCAUCCUAGAUGACAACACAGACAAGUAUGGGCCACUGGUGUUUCAGUCACUGGUAUUUAUUAUCAACCUGCUCCGAGACAGCAAGUACUACCAUUUCCGCCCAGUGAUGGACACUUACAUUCAGAAACACUUUGCUGGAGCACUGGCCUACAAAGAACUGAUUCGUUGUCUGAAAUGGUACAUGGACCGUUCAGCAGAGGUUGUCCGACAAGACCACAUUCAGGAAGCAAUGAGGGCACUGGAGUACCUGUUCAAGUUCAUUGUGCAGUCAAGGAUCCUGUACUCUCGGGCCACCUGUGGCAUGGAGGAGGACCAGUUUCGGACAAGUAUCCAGGAGCUUUUCCAGUCCAUCCGCUUUGUGCUGAGCUUGGACAGCCGCAGCUCAGAGACUCUCAUCUUUACUCAGGCAGCCCUGCUCAAUUCCUUCCCAGCCAUCUUUGAUGAGCUCCUGCAGAUGUUCACAGUGCAGGAGGUGGCUGAGUUCGUGAGAGGAACCUUGGGGAGCAUGCCCAGUACUGUCCACAUAGGCCAGUCAAUGGAUGUGGUGAAGCUGCAGUCCAUUGCUCGGACUGUAGAUAGCAGGUUGUUCUCUUUUCCAGAGUCGAGGAGGAUUCUUCUGCCUGUGGUCCUACACCAUAUCCAUCUUCACCUGCGGCAACAGAAGGAGCUGCUCAUCUGCUCGGGCAUCCUGAGCAGUAUCUUCUCCAUCAUCAAAACCAGCUCACUGGAGACCUCAGUGCAGGAGGAGGUGGAAAUGGUGGUGGAGAGCUUACUGGAUGUUCUGCUGCAAACACUGCUGACCAUCAUGAGCAAGUCCCAGUCUCAGGAGGCGGUAAGAGGCCAGCGCUGCCCACAGUGCACGGCCGAGAUCACUGGGGAGUAUGUGUCCUGCCUCCUGUCCCUCCUGCGACAAAUGACAGAUAUCCACUUUCAGCAUCUGCUCGACAACUUUCAGAGCAAAGAGGAGUUAAAGGAGUUCCUGCUGAAGAUUUUCUGUGUGUUUCGCAACCUGAUGAAGCUCAGCAUUUUCCCCAGAGACUGGAACGUGAUGCGGCUCCUGACCAGCAAUAUCAUCGUGACCACAGUCCAGUAUCUUUCUCCUGCGCUGCACAAGAACUUCACUGAUGCUGACUUUGACUUUAAGGUAUGGAAUUCGUACUUCAGUCUGGCAGUGCUGUACAUAAAUCAGCCCAGCCUACAGCUUGAGACCUUAACGCCAGCCAAGAGAAAGAAGAUUCUUGACAAAUAUGGCGAUAUGAGAGUCAUGAUGGCCUACGAGCUAUUUAGCAUGUGGCAAAACCUUGGUGAAAAUAAGAUUCACUUUAUCCCGGGCAUGAUCGGACCAUUUCUGGGGGUAACACUAGUCCCCCAGAGCGAGGUCAGGAACAUCAUGAUCCCCAUUUUUCACGACAUGAUGGACUGGGAACAACGCAAGAAUGGCAACUUCAAACAGGUGGAGGCAGAGCUUAUAGAUAAGCUGGACAGUCUAGUGUCUGAGGGCAAAGGAGAUGAGAACUACAGAGAGCUCUUUGGUUUGCUUACUCAGCUCUUUGGGCCCUAUCCCAGUCUUUUGGAGAAGAUUGAGCAGGAGACAUGGAGAGAGACAGGCAUCUCUUUUGUCACCUCUGUUACUCGUCUGAUGGAGAGGUUGCUAGACUACAGAGACUGUAUGAAGGGAGAUGAGACGGAGAACAAGAAGAUUGGAUGCACAGUGAACUUGCUAAACUUCUAUAAGUCUGAGAUCAAUAAGGAGGAGAUGUACAUCCGCUACAUUCACAAGUUGUGUGACAUGCACCUGCAGGCAGAGAACUACACAGAGGCUGCCUUCACUCUCCUCCUCUACUGGGAGCUGUUACAGUGGGAGGAGAGACCCCUCCGGGAGUUUCUCCACUACCCGGCCCAGAGCGAAUGGCACCGCAAAGAGGGCCUUUGCCGCAAGGUCAUCCACUACUUCAACAAGGGCAAGUGCUGGGAAUUUGGUAUUCCUUUAUGUCGAGAGUUGGCCUUCCAAUAUGAAUCCUUAUACGACUAUCAAAGCCUCAGCUGGAUUCGGAAAAUGGAGGCAGCCUACUAUGACAACAUUAUGGAGCAGCAGAGACUAGAGCCCGAAUUCUUCAGGGUGGGCUUUUACGGUCGGAAAUUUCCCUUUUUCCUCAGGAAUAAGGAGUUUGUUUGCCGGGGGCAUGACUAUGAGAGGCUUGAAGCUUUUCAGCAAAGAAUGCUGGGAGAAUUCCCACAAGCCAUUGCCAUGCAGCAUCCCAAUCAACCAGAUGAGGCAAUUUUGCAGUGCGAUGCUCAGUACUUGCAGAUCUACGCAGUAACUCCAGUGCCAGAGAAUGUGGACGUGCUUCAGAUGGACCGCGUUCCAGACCGUAUCAAAAGCUUUUACCGGGUCAACAAUGUGCGACGCUUCCGCUAUGACCGGCCCUUCCACAAGGGGCCCAAAGACAAGGAGAAUGAGUUUAAGAGCCUCUGGAUUGAGAGGACCACCCUCACCCUCACUCACCCCCUGCCAGGGAUCUCACGCUGGUUUGAGGUGGAGAAGAGAGAGCUGGUUGAAGUUAGCCCACUGGAGAACGCCAUCUCAGUGGUGGAGAAUAAGAACCAGGAGCUGCGGACUCUAAUCAGUCAGUACCAGCAUAAGCAGCUGCACGGCAACAUCAACCUGCUCAGCAUGUGCCUCAACGGGGUCAUCGACGCAGCUGUCAACGGGGGCAUCGCAAGAUACCAGGAGGCGUUCUUUGAUAAGGAGUACAUUGGCACCCAUCCAGAGGACACUGAAAAGAUCACUCAGCUGAAGGACCUCAUGCAGGACCAGGUUCACAUCCUGGGUGUAGGACUGGCUGUACAUGAGAAACUGGUGCACCCUGAAAUGCGGCCUCUGCAUAAGAAGCUGAUAGAUCAGUUCCAGAUGAUGAGGAGCAGUCUGUGCCAUGGCCUGCCUGGCCUUGAUAAGCUGAGUUCGGCCAGCAACCCGCGAGGCAUCCUGACCUCCCACAGUCCCAUGAGCCCAGAGAGCAUCAAACUUAUGCACAGACAUAGCCCGCUUAAUCUGCUGGGUUCCAUCCGCCACUCCUCUUCUUCCCUCUCCUCUCACACCUCCAGUGAGACCGGAAACCUCCUCAUCCUCACUGACGGAAUGCUGCUGGAGCACCCAGAGGACCUCUACCGCAUGCAGCCCAGUCCAUCAACGUCCAGCCUGAGCUCCACACACUCAGCUCCAUCUCAGAUGAUUAACUCAGGCCCCAACAGCAUCCGAGUUGGCUCCCCAUCACUGCCUGACAAAUACAGGCACAACCGCGAGAUGCUGAUGCUGCUGCCACCCCAUCGAGACCGACCCAGCAGUGCCAUGUACCCAAACGUGACUGAGAACGGACAGCCAACCAACAUCCAGAGGGCCUUAUUCCAUCAGGUCAUUGGUCCAUGCAAGCCAUGCAGCGACCCCAAUCUUUCUGUGGCUGAGAAAGGACACUUCUCGAUGCACUUUGAUGCUUUCCACCACCAGAUCAGCGACCUCCCUCCAGCUCUCCCUGCGCGCUCCUUACGAAAGUCACCCCUUCACCCUAUACCUGCCUCGCCCACCAGUCCGCAGUCGGGCCUGGAUGGCAGUAACUCCACCCUGUCCGGCAGCGCCAGCAGCGGUGUCUCCUCCCUGAGCGAGAGCAACUUCGUCCAGUCCUCCUCCGAGCCUCCGGCGCGGGCUGACACGUUGGACUCAGUGCCCAGCAGCCAGGCCUGGACCACGGACACGGAAGAGGCCGAGACGCCCUACCUCCCCGUCCGGUACAGCGUCUCCGAGCCUGAGGUGCUGGACAAUCUGAAGCCCGCCCCCUGCCGCAGCCACUCUGCUCCGGUGGGCGUUACACCAGUGAUUCCUCCAGACAGCCACCACCACCCCCACGCCAUCCACAUCACACACCCCCAUUACCACCACCACGAGCCACCACCUGCACUUCCUCCAAAACCAUACUUAAGAGAAGGCUGCAUACCUGAGGAGGACUUGAGGCCUGUUCCACGACCCAUGCCUCGCAAGAUCUCCCAACCACUGCUCACCAACAAGGAAGAACAGGCCAAAGUGGCCUGGGAGCAUGGCAUCAGUGAGGAGUGAGGAGUUCAUCAGGAUGAAGAGCGGGGCUGAUUCUCUGGUUUUUGAAGCUGGAUUUGGAGAAUGGUAGAGUCCAAAUUAAGCGAUUGGUUUUUGGGAAUGUUCUCCUCUCAAUUCAUAUUACCUCCAAUAAGGUCUUUCUUUUUUCAUGAGUGCUCAACAUGUUUCUAAGCUUCUAAACACUGGUAUAAACUUACAUUUUGUGUUUAUGGUUGUUUACUGGGGACUGUGAGUCCAAAGUUGUUCCUUCGCUCUUAUUCCCCUCCUUGAUCAGGAUGAAAGGUAGUGAUAGGAUGAAGGUUUUUGCUAAAUGUUCUCAUAGGUUAGCAACAGAAAAUACUAAAUGACGAUGCCUAUCCUGUGGGAAAAAGUUUGAUGAAAUUCACUUCUGAGUGUGUAGUGUUAGUCCCUUCACUUUUUAUUACACUGAUCAAACAAGAGUACUGAAUGUUCUUUUAAAAUAUAGUGUAAGUGGAAAUUUCAUUCAGAGAUUUUGAGUUGACAGUAGGCUGAUAGGUUAUUUGUGCAAAAACUACUGAAUUUAGACUAUGACAUUACCUCUUGGAGCAUCACUUUUCAAUUCUGGAAGAGCCGCACUUUAGCACUUAGUUCCGGAACACCAAAAACUGACACUUAUUUAAAAUAAUAGCCUGUUUGACUUGCUUAUUGGUUUGAAUGAGACCUUUGGAUGGUUUUAUAGUCAUCGACAUAUUACUGUAAUUACAGACUGAUGAACUGUCUGUCAUAAGAGUCUCAACUUCUCUAUGUCACUUAAAAAAAUGCUCAUUUAUCUUGCCAUAACAUUUAUAGGGCUUUCUGUCUGUGAGAGCCUACAAUAUUGAUGUCAGAACUGCUGUUAGUAUUUCCGCUAGAGUCGAUUUUCUAUUACUAUUAUGACUCACUAGUUUGAGAGCUGAAUUAGGAAACUCUACACAUAGCACUUCUCCUGAGCGGUAGCACACUGACUUGGCAGUAAGAGGCUUAUGUACUUUGCAAAAGCUUCAUUACACACACUUUAUUAUCGUGCUUCAAAAGCAAAUCAGCCAACCACUUUGAGCUCUAUUAUCCAGUUAUGCGAAUAACACCACAGACAAGGAGAUGUAAUAUAAAAGCCAUUUCACAGAUGUCUUCUAGCAGUGCAGCUGCUUUGAGGCCCAGCAGGUUUUUUUCUUAUUUGAUUUAUUUCUCAUUAAGUUGGCAGUUUUCGUAAAAGAAGAAUAUAUUUUUAGAUAGAGCAAAUGUAAAACUCCCUAACUUUAUCUAAUAAAAUUGUAUAGUAAAAAAUAAGAAAUACAAGCUUAUAUAAUAAUAUAAGGACGCUGAGUGAGGACCUUUCAAAAAUGUACGAUGUUAUAUGCAAGUGAAGGGAUUUUCGAAGACCCUUUUAGCUGCUGAAGGAUGUGCAAUUGCUUCCUGAUGGAUAUAUGAUGUUGUGUCUAAUGAUUAUUUUUAAGAACUGGGAGAUAUAAUGUACGUUAUAAUUUCAAAAGCUGAGAUUUUUGUACAGCUGUGCAUGUUGUCUUCAUUACUGUGGCGAUACAGCAGAGAAAUAAUUGACUAAAAAAUGACUAGUGUGCUCCACUUUAAUGAGUUUAGAAGAGAGAUGCCUGUGGAGCUCUGCACAUUUUUUCACUGUUGACUUUAAUUUUACCUUACCUGACCCCAUCCAUUAUGGAUUAAUGCCUUGCGCUGCAACUUGCCCAGUUUCUCUAGACAUGAUUUCCCAAAGUUGUUUUACAACCUCUCAUACAUGUAGAAUAGCUUCUUUUCUCUCAUCAGGUCAUCUUAGAGUAGCUUCCAAUAUCUUUCCAAUAAUGUAAUACAUCC